AGGUGGUCCGCCGCCGCCCCGGCAAAAGCUUCCAAGCCGAAGAAGAAGUCAGGCAAGUCCGCCAGUUCUGGACCGAGUGUUCGCGAGCGCAUUGUCAAGAUCGUGUCCGCCUCCAACGAGCGUGGAGGUGUGUCACUGGCCGCCAUCAAGAAAGCUCUGGCCGCCGGUGAAUACGAUGUGGAGAAGAACAAUGCUCGCGUCAAGCUCGCCAUCAAGAAACUGGUGGCUAAUGGUGUCGUGAGCCAGACCAAGGGCACCGGAGCAUUCGGCUCUUUCAAGAUGAACAAGAAAGAAGCGCCCAAGACUAAAAAAGCCGCUCCUAAAACCAAGGAGGACGCUGAGCAGGCUUCUGGGUCGGUGCACUGCUUCAGCAAAGACGACGGGGCUCUGUUUGUGGAGGCUGUUCCCCAGACCGACAUCAGCCGGAGGAUCACUGCUUUCCAGUAUGAGCUGGUCCCCAGUCAGGGUCCUGGCGUGCACAUGUACACACGCCUGCACUCAGGUCCAGAUAUGAAGACCAAGCUACAAAUGUUCCUGUCCUCCUGGAUACACUGGUCCUCGCUGCCUUAA